AUGCCGAGGUCCUUUCUUGUGGAUUCCUUGAUUUUGAGGGAGACUAACGAAAAAGGGACCGAGAACAAUCCACCUUUAUUCCCGUAUGCCGUGCACCCCUCUCACCCACUCCAUGGGCUGUCGGGUUCUUGCCACUCACGAAAGGCGGGCUUGCUGUGCUUCUGUCCGCUUUGCAUGGCGGCAUCCCAGCUUCACCCAUCUCCACCGUCUUUACCUCUCCUGAAGGCAUCCUUCCCUGCCUUUGGUUCCCAAUAUUGUCAUUCCACUCUAUCAAGGCAACACUCUUCCACAGGCGUCAACCUUAACCAUGGCCCGGGGAUAUACCAAGCAGCCUAUUCUGUUCCAGACCCUCGACAGUUCCACUGUAUCUCCAUCGAAAACAACAACAGCCAACUUCAGAGCAGCAAGCGCAUGCGCACAGCGUUUACCAGCACGCAACUUUUGGAGUUGGAGAGAGAGUUCACCUCCAACAUGUACCUAUCCAGACUCCGACGCAUCGAGAUUGCCACGUAUCUAAACCUUUCAGAAAAACAGGUCAAGAUUUGGUUCCAGAACCGGAGGGUCAAGCACAAGAAAGAGGGAAAGAGCGGUGGGCACAGGAACGGCUCGCAUGGUUGCAAAUGCUCAUCAGCACGAUGCUCGGAGGAGGAGGAUGACAUACCCAUGUCGCCAUCCUCAUCAGGGAAAGAGGAUGCAGACUUGUCCGUCUCUCCGUAAAUUCCUCCUCACCAGACUUGAUCAACACACCUGUGGAAUUCAGCCAAAAAUUCGACUGUUCUGUUUUAUGUCCAGUCACCUGUACAUACGAAGAGAUUAUAUAACCAGGAAAUUGCCCUGGAAUGUUGUAUAGUUGUAUACCUGUUUGUCUUUCUGAGAACAAACCAUUCGUUGUUGCCAAUCCAAACGGAUCUGUUAUACCAAGAGCCACCGAAAAUUUUGCUAAUUGAAAUAGCCAAACGACCAAGUGAACAGCAGUAAAGUUCAUUUCUAAAUCUGUUAUAAUUUUUUAAUGGUAAAAAUAUGGGUAUUUUGUAUGCUUUAAG